CGUCAUCCUCUACGCUCUGCCUUCAUUCCAAUUGUCUUUGUGAGAAAAUCAGAAAAUCAAAGUUGCCGGACUCAGCAUAGUACUUUUAAUAAAUAAAAAAUAAAUAAAGAACAACAAUGGGUGGAUCAGCGAACCAAGUAAUCAAUGAUAUUGAAAUGGAAAAUUCCGAAGCGAUUGCAGAAAAUCCCGAAGAAAUCAAAAAAGAGCGAGAUAUAACAACUAUUUUGGAAAUCCGCGAGCAUAUUCGGCAAAUCGAGAAAGCUAUCGUCAGUAAGGAAUCAAGGUUUAUCCUUCGAGUUAUUCGUAGUUUGCCAAGUACUCGCCGAAAGACUAGUAGCAUUGUUUUGAAGAAUAUGGCCGUGUACAUUUAUCCCUCUGGAGCGGAUAGGGAUUGUGUGCUGGGAUUUAUCUCUUCCCUUCCUGGUGAAGUGCAAGAAUUAGAAGGAUUGAAAAAUCGAGCUGCCACUAAAGCACCAGUUCCCGAGGUCGAUGCAUAUUUUUACCUUAUCGUCUUGCUUAAGCUUAUUGAUGAAAGGAUUUUAGACCAAGCUUCUAAAUGCUCGGAGUUGCUAAUGAACAAGAUUCUCCAUCAAAACCGUCGAACUCUUGACCUGAUUGCAGCAAAAUCUUAUUUCUAUCGUUCGUACGUCGCAGAGUUAUCUAAUGACUUGGAGAGCAUAAGGGGAUUCCUCCAUGCCCGCUUGCGAACUGCAACUCUGCGCAACGACUUUGAAGGCCAAGCUGUCAUCAUUAAUUGCCUUCUUCGCAACUAUCUUCAUUACUCGCUUUAUGAUCAAGCUGAUAAACUUGUUAAGAAGUCUGUUUAUCCAGAUACAGCUGGUAACAAUGAAUGGGCUCGAUUCCUCUACUACUUAGGCAGAAUAAAAGCCGCCAAGCUAGAAUACAGUGUUGCACAUAAACACCUUGUCCAGGCACUUCGAAAGGCUCCUCAGGCCACUGCCGUUGGAUUUAGACAGACUGUGCAGAAGGUUAUCAUAGUGGUGGAAUUGCUUUUGGGAAACAUUCCCGAAAGACAGGUUUUCCGUCAGCCUGCACUCAGGAAAUCUCUAGCACCAUAUUUUCAACUUACACAGGCAGUCCGCAUGGGUAAUCUUCAGCGAUUCGGAGAAGUUGUUGAGAAUUUUGGUCCACAGUUUCAACAGGAUCAUACCUACACUCUCAUCAUACGCUUGCGUCAUAAUGUAAUUAAGACUGCAAUUCGUUCGAUUGGGUUGUCUUAUUCGAGAAUUUCCCCUCAAGAUAUUGCUAAGCGUCUAAUGCUUGAUUCAGCUGAAGAUGCUGAAUUUAUUGUUGCUAAAGCGAUUCGCGAUGGGGUUAUUGAAGCUGUUAUCGAGGCUACAUCAGACCCGGCGAAGGGAUGCAUGCGCAGCAAGGAAAGCACUGACGUUUACAGCACACGAGAGCCGCAGCUGGCAUUCCAUGAGAGAAUUUCAUUUUGCCUAGAUCUGCAUAAUCAGAGCGUCAAAGCAAUGCGCUAUCCACCAAAAUCUUAUGGUAAGGACCUUGAAAGUGCAGAGGAACGGCGUGAACGUGAACAACAAGAUUUGGAAUUGGCAAAGGAGAUGGCUGAGGACGAUGACGAUGGAUUUUAAAAUUAAAAACAAUCGCUCGGUAAUUCGAAGUUUUGGAAAUUCGUUUUGUCAAAUUAAUUUCUUUAUAUUAAUUCUAUGUUUAAAUAUAUAAUCUGAUAUGAUUUUCUGGUAUUAAAA